GGGCGCAUUGCUAUGGCGGAUAAAAGAGCAGACGGCGGGUAGACCGGGAAGCAGUGUGUGUGGCCGGGGUUCGGGAGGGGCAGUUGUUGGGCAGGUGUGACAGUAUAGAGGCAGGGCCUGGCCGCCGUAGCUCUGUCAGUGGGCGGAGGGCUGAGCGGGGAGCAGCCGGUAUGUGAGCUCGGUGACGGUUCUAGCUGCGGACUGACGGCUCCCGGGCAUGGCCACCCACACCCGAUCAGCUGCCCAACCGGGCUGGAAGCUGCACAUCUCGCGAGAACUGAGGCGGAGGGACCGCGAGCAGAGACAGGCGUUCGAGGACCUCAUCCAGCAAUAUAACAGACUACUUGAAAAGUCUGACCUUCAUUCUGUGUUAGCUGACAAAUUACAGUCUGAGAAAUAUGAUCAGCAAAGCCGCCAUGACCUCAGCCCAGGUCUUGAUGGGUCACGACAUGAAACUCUACUCCAAGACAUGGCUCAAAUGCGGAUAAAACACCAAGAAGAACUGACAGAGCUCCACAAAAAGCGUGGAGAGUUGGCUCAGACUGUGAUCGAGUUGAACAAUCAGAUGCAACAGAAAGAUAAGGAAAUCCAGUCAAAUGAAGAAACGAUAAAGCAGUACUUGCGCACUAUUAACGCAUUGGAGACGGAGUGUCAGGAUCUACGGAAUAAACUGCAGGAACUUGACCGUGCAAACCAGACCCUGAAAGACGAAUACGACGCUUUACAAAUCACCUUCAACGCUUUGGAAGAGAAGUUGCGUAAAACCACAGAAGAGAACCUGGAGCUGGUCACCCGCUGGAUGGCUGAGAAGGCUCAAGAAGCCAACCGGCUGAAUGCCGAGAACGAGAAGGAUACAAAGAGGCGCCAGCAGAAACUGCAAAAAGAACUGGCUGAUGCUGCCAAGGAACCUUUGCCUGUAGAUCAAGAUGAUGAUAUAGAGGUGCUGCCUGAUAAUGCAGAUCCAUCUGGGGACAAUACAGCUGUACCAGCAAUGGGCAGGACAUCAAGUAAGAGACACUCUCAGCCCGCCGUAGGAGGCCUCCUGGAUUCUAUCACUAAUAUCUUCGGUUUGUCAGAGUCUCCCCUCUUGGGUCAUCGUUCAGAUACUGCCAGGAGACGGUCGAUAUCAAUCCCAUCUUCACCAGAUUGCAAUGAUGCUCAUAGCGGUGGAAGCAGGGAAGUAAGAGUUCCUUCUAUGGCUGUUCACUCAUUUGAUGCACACGAUGGUGAAGUGAAUGCUGUAAAAUUUAGUCCAGGGUCCCGUCUACUAGCAACAGGGGGGAUGGACCGGAGGGUGAGACUUUGGGAAGUGAUUGGAGAUAAAUGUGAGACAAAAGGUUCUCUUACUGGUAGCAAUGCAGGGAUCACCAGCAUAGAAUUUGACAGUGCUGGCUCUUACCUUCUUGCUGCUUCCAAUGACUUUGCCAGUAGAAUCUGGACAGUGGAUGACUUCAGGCUGCGGCACACCCUGACUGGGCAUAGCGGAAAGGUUCUGUCUGCCAAAUUCUUAUUGGAUAAUGCACGGAUUGUUUCUGGGAGUCAUGACAGGACACUGAAACUCUGGGAUCUGCGCAGCAAAGUCUGUAUUAAGACUGUGUUUGCUGGUUCAAGCUGUAAUGAUAUUGUUUGUACUGAACAAUGCGUGAUGAGUGGCCACUUUGAUAAAAAAGUUCGAUUUUGGGAUAUAAGAACAGAGACUGUAGUGCGAGAGUUGGAGUUACAAGGCAGAAUCACGGCUCUUGAUUUAAAUCCUGAUCGGACAGAGCUCCUUAGCUGUUCCCGUGAUGACUUCAUCAAGAUCAUUGACCUACGUGCCUGUGCUGUCCGUCAGACUUUUAGUGCUCAGGGUUUCAAGUGUGGAUCGGACUGGACCAGAGCCAUUUUUAGUUCUGAUGGUGCCUAUGUGACUGCUGGCUCUGCUGAGGGCACAUUGUACUUCUGGAAUGUAAUUACUGGUAAAGUGGAGAAGAUGCUUAGCAAGCAACACAGCUCUUCUAUAAAUGCAGUUGCAUGGUCUCCUUCUGGCACUUACGUGGUCAGCGUGGACAAGGGAGGCAGGGGAGUUUUAUGGUCGGACGUAUGAUUUAUAUAAAGCUCCUAAGAAGCCUAAGCGUCUGACCACGCUUAUUUUCAUGCAGUGUGGACUUACAAGGCCAAGCAUGUCUAAAGCACUCUGAUGUGGACAUUACGUGGCAUACUGACCAGCCGUUGCCUUUCCAUUACCUCAUGAAUAGUGGUUACCAUGAGGGGAAGGUGUUGGUUAACAUUUUAAUAUUCUAAAGUUUAAAGACUCUUCAAUCAGAUUUCUUAAGAAUUUAAUUAUUUUAUUAAAAAGGCACUUUACAAAUCUUA